CCAGGGUUUGGAUACCUGAUCCUGAGGAAGUUUGGAAGUCAGCAGAGCUGCUCAAAGAUUAUAAACCAGGAGAUAAAGUUCUCCUGCUUCACCUCGAAGAGGGAAAGGAUUUGGAAUACCGUCUAGAUCCAAACACCAAGGAGCUGCCUCAUUUACGAAACCCUGACAUACUUGUUGGUGAAAAUGACCUCACAGCCCUCAGCUAUCUUCAUGAGCCUGCUGUGCUCCAUAAUCUCAGAGUACGCUUUAUUGAUUCCAAACUUAUUUAUACAUAUUGUGGUAUAGUCCUAGUAGCUAUAAAUCCUUAUGAACAGCUGCCUAUUUAUGGAGAAGAUAUUAUUAAUGCAUAUAGUGGUCAGAACAUGGGCGACAUGGAUCCACAUAUCUUUGCAGUAGCUGAAGAAGCUUACAAGCAAAUGGCCAGGGAUGAACGAAAUCAGUCCAUCAUUGUAAGCGGAGAGUCUGGGGCAGGCAAAACAGUUUCAGCUAAGUAUGCCAUGCGAUACUUUGCAACUGUGAGUGGUUCUGCCAGUGAGGCCAAUGUUGAAGAGAAGGUCUUAGCCUCCAACCCCAUCAUGGAGUCAAUUGGAAAUGCUAAAACAACCAGGAAUGAUAAUAGCAGCCGUUUUGGGAAGUAUAUUGAGAUUGGUUUUGAUAAGAGAUAUCGAAUCAUUGGUGCCAAUAUGAGAACUUACCUUUUAGAGAAAUCCAGAGUGGUGUUCCAGGCAGAAGAGGAGAGAAACUAUCAUAUCUUCUAUCAGCUUUGUGCCUCAGCAAAGUUACCCGAAUUUAAAAUGCUGCGAUUAGGAAAUGCAGGUAACUUUCAUUACACGAAGCAAGGUGGCAGUCCUGUGAUUGAAGGAGUGGAUGAUGCAAAGGAGAUGGCACAUACCAGGCAGGCCUGCACUUUGCUAGGAAUUAGUGAAUCUUAUCAAAUGGGAAUUUUCCGAAUACUUGCUGGCAUCCUUCACUUAGGCAAUGUUGGAUUUACAUCUCGAGAUUCAGAUAGCUGCACAAUACCUCCCAAGCAUGAACCUCUCAGCAUCUUCUGUGACCUCAUGGGUGUGGACUAUGAGGAGAUGUGUCACUGGCUCUGCCAUCGGAAGCUGGCUACUGCCACAGAGACAUACAUCAAGCCCAUCUCCAAGUUACAGGCCACUAAUGCCCGUGAUGCUUUGGCCAAGCACAUCUAUGCCAAGCUCUUCAACUGGAUUGUAGAUCAUGUUAAUCAGGCUCUCCAUUCUGCUGUCAAACAGCACUCUUUUAUUGGUGUACUGGACAUUUAUGGAUUUGAAACAUUUGAGAUAAAUAGUUUUGAACAGUUUUGCAUAAAUUAUGCAAAUGAAAAACUACAGCAACAAUUCAACAUGCAUGUCUUUAAAUUAGAACAAGAAGAAUAUAUGAAGGAGCAAAUUCCAUGGACACUCAUAGAUUUUUAUGAUAAUCAGCCUUGUAUUAAUCUUAUAGAAUCUAAACUGGGUAUUCUAGAUUUACUGGAUGAGGAAUGCAAGAUGCCAAAAGGCACAGAUGACACUUGGGCCCAAAAAUUGUACAACACACAUUUGAACAAAUGUGCACUCUUUGAAAAGCCCCGUCUGUCAAACAAAGCUUUCAUCAUCCAACAUUUUGCUGACAAAGUGGAAUACCAGUGUGAAGGCUUUCUGGAAAAGAAUAAAGACACUGUUUUUGAAGAACAAAUUAAAGUUCUUAAAUCAAGCAAGUUUAAGAUGCUACCAGAACUAUUUCAAGAUGAUGAGAAAACCAUCAGUCCAACCUCAGCCACUUCUUCGGGGCGCAUGCCCCUCACCCGCAUUCCUGCAAAGCCCACCAAAGGCAGGCCAGGCCAGACGGCCAAAGAGCACAAGAAAACAGUGGGACACCAGUUCCGAAACUCCCUUCACCUGCUUAUGGAGACCCUCAAUGCCACUACUCCUCACUAUGUGCGCUGUAUUAAGCCUAAUGACUUCAAGUUCCCAUUCACGUUUGAUGAGAAGAGGGCGGUGCAGCAACUGAGAGCGUGCGGUGUCCUGGAAACCAUCCGAAUUAGCGCGGCGGGUUUCCCCUCACGGUGGACUUACCAAGAAUUUUUCAGCCGCUACCGUGUCCUAAUGAAGCAAAAAGACGUGCUGAGUGACAGAAAACAAACAUGCAAGAAUGUGUUAGAGAAACUGAUACUGGACAAGGACAAAUACCAGUUUGGUAAGACAAAGAUCUUUUUCCGUGCUGGUCAAGUGGCCUAUCUAGAAAAAUUGAGGGCAGACAAGCUGAGGGCUGCCUGUAUCCGGAUCCAGAAGACAAUCCGAGGGUGGCUGCUGAGGAAGAAGUACCUACGCAUGCGGAAGGCUGCCAUCACUGUGCAGAGAUAUGUGCGAGGCUACCAGGCUCGAUGCUACGCUAAGUUUCUACGUAGAACCAAAGCAGCAACCAUCAUUCAGAAGUACUGGCGCAUGUAUGUGGUCUACAGGAGGUACAAGAUUAGACGAGCUGCCACUAUUGUUCUUCAGUCUUAUUUGCGUGGCUACUUGGCCAGAAAUAGGUAUCGCAAGAUACUUCGUGAGCACAAAGCAGUCAUUAUUCAGAAGUGGGUCCGGGGCUGGCUGGCUCGUGCACACUACAAGAGGAGCAUGCAUGCCAUCAUCUAUCUUCAGUGCUGCUUCCGGCGGAUGAUGGCCAAACGUGAGCUGAAGAAGCUCAAAAUCGAGGCUCGCUCUGUGGAGCGCUAUAAGAAGCUCCACAUUGGCAUGGAGAACAAGAUCAUGCAGCUGCAGCGCAAAGUCGAUGAGCAGAACAAAGACUACAAAUGCCUCAUGGAGAAACUGACCAAUCUGGAAGGAAUAUACAACUCUGAGACUGAGAAACUACGAAAUGACUUAGAACGCCUUCAACUAAGUGAAGAGGAAGCUAAGAUUGCCACUGGGCGGGUUCUUAGUCUGCAGGAAGAAAUUGCCAAGCUCCGCAAAGACCUGGAACAAACUCGGUCAGAGAAAAAUUCCAUUGAGGAACGGGCAGAUAGGUACAAACAAGAAACAGAGCAGCUGGUAUCAAAUCUGAAGGAAGAAAAUACUUUGUUGAAGCAGGAAAAAGAGGCCCUCAAUCACCUUAUUGUGGAGCAGGCUAAGGAGAUGACAGAAACUAUGGAGAAGAAGUUAGUAGAAGAAACAAAACAACUGGAACUCGAUCUUAAUGAUGAAAGGCUGAGGUAUCAGAACCUUCUGAAUGAGUUCAGUCGCCUAGAAGAACGGUAUGAUGACCUCAAGGAAGAGAUGACCCUGAUGGUGAACAUGCCUAAGCCUGGACACAGGAGAACAGACUCCACCCACAGCAGCAAUGAGUCUGAAUAUACAUUUAGCUCGGAAAUUGCAGAAACUGAAGACAUUCCAUCAAGGACAGAGGAGCCAAGCGAGAAGAAGGUGCCUCUGGACAUGUCGUUGUUCCUCAAGCUCCAGAAGCGGGUCACAGAGCUGGAGCAGGAGAAGCAGGUGAUGCAGGAUGAGCUGGACCGCAAGGAGGAACAGGUGCUCCGCAGCAAAGCAAAGGAAGAAGAAAGACCACAAAUUAGAGGUGCAGAACUGGAAUAUGAGUCACUCAAGCGUCAAGAACUAGAAUCAGAAAACAAAAAACUGAAAAAUGAGCUAAAUGAGUUACGCAAGGCCCUCAGUGAGAAAAGUGCCCCAGAGGUGACCGCUCCAGGUGCACCUGCCUACCGAGUCCUCAUGGAGCAGCUGACAUCUGUGAGUGAGGAGCUUGAUGUCCGCAAGGAGGAAGUCCUUAUCUUGAGGUCUCAGCUGGUGAGCCAGAAAGAGGCCAUCCAACCCAAGGAUGAUAAGAAUACAAUGACAGAUUCCACAAUACUUUUGGAAGAUGUACAAAAAAUGAAAGAUAAAGGCGAAAUAGCGCAAGCAUAUAUUGGUUUGAAAGAAACAAACAGACUCCUGGAAUCCCAGCUCCAGUCACAGAAGAGGAGCCAUGAGAACGAGGCUGAGGCCCUCCGCGGGGAGAUCCAGAGCCUGAAGGAGGAGAACAACCGACAGCAGCAGCUGCUGGCCCAGAACCUGCAGCUGCCCCCAGAGGCCCGGAUCGAGGCCAGCCUGCAGCACGAGAUAACCCGGCUGACCAACGAAAACCUGUAUUUUGAGGAAUUAUAUGCAGAUGACCCUAAGAAGUAUCAAUCAUAUCGGAUUUCACUUUACAAACGGAUGAUUGAUUUGAUGGAACAACUUGAAAAACAAGAUAAGACUGUCCGAAAACUGAAAAAACAACUGAAAGUAUUUGCGAAAAAAAUCGGUGAACUAGAAGUGGGCCAAAUGGAGAACAUAUCCCCGGGACAGAUCAUUGAUGAACCCAUCCGUCCAGUCAACAUUCCCAGGAAAGAAAAAGAUUUCCAAGGAAUGCUGGAAUACAAGAAGGAGGAUGAGCAAAAACUUGUUAAGAACCUGAUUCUGGAACUGAAGCCACGUGGUGUAGCAGUCAAUUUGAUUCCAGGGUUACCCGCGUAUAUCCUAUUCAUGUGCGUUCGGCAUGCUGACUAUCUGAAUGAUGAUCAGAAAGUAAGGUCAUUGCUAACGUCAACAAUUAACAGCAUCAAAAAAGUAUUAAAGAAAAGAGGUGAUGAUUUUGAAACUGUCUCCUUCUGGCUCUCUAACACAUGCCGCUUUUUGCACUGUUUGAAGCAGUACAGUGGAGAAGAGGGCUUUAUGAAACACAACACAUCUCGCCAGAAUGAACACUGCCUCACCAAUUUUGACCUGGCUGAGUAUCGGCAAGUGCUGAGUGAUUUGGCCAUUCAGAUCUAUCAGCAGCUCGUGCGGGUGUUGGAGAACAUCCUUCAGCCAAUGAUUGUCUCAGGCAUGCUGGAGCAUGAAACGAUUCAGGGCGUGUCUGGGGUGAAGCCCACAGGGCUAAGAAAGCGAACCUCCAGUAUUGCCGACGAGGGCACCUACACACUGGACUCCAUCCUCCGCCAACUUAACUCCUUCCACUCAGUCAUGUGUCAGCAUGGCAUGGACCCAGAGCUGAUCAAGCAGGUGGUCAAGCAGAUGUUCUACAUUGUGGGGGCCAUCACCCUAAACAACCUCCUCCUGCGGAAGGAUAUGUGCUCCUGGAGUAAAGGCAUGCAGAUUAGGUACAAUGUCAGUCAACUGGAGGAAUGGCUACGUGACAAAAAUCUGAUGAACAGUGGGGCUAAAGAAACCCUGGAACCUCUCAUUCAGGCUGCUCAGCUUUUGCAAGUGAAAAAGAAAACAGAUGAUGAUGCAGAAGCCAUUUGUUCCAUGUGCAAUGCUUUAACUACUGCCCAGAUUGUCAAAGUGUUGAAUUUGUAUACUCCAGUUAAUGAGUUUGAAGAAAGAGUCUCUGUAUCAUUUAUUCGUACUAUACAGAUGCGUUUACGAGACAGGAAAGACUCUCCUCAGCUGCUCAUGGAUGCUAAACACAUCUUUCCUGUCACCUUUCCUUUUAACCCAUCCUCCCUCGCGUUGGAAACCAUCCAGAUUCCAGCCAGCCUGGGCCUGGGAUUCAUUUCACGGGUCUGAAAGUGAUGUCCAGGCAAACAUUGACAGUACAUUUCUUGCCUCAGAUAAGAACCCAUUAUUUCCAGUGAGCUACUGAAAAUACACUUUUAAACAGAAAGUACUGAUUAUAUCCUAAACAAGAGGUUAUUAACUGGAAAUCUCCUUAGAAUACUAUCACCAUUUUGGAAAGAAAACUAGGCUCCUUCGUGCUAUGUUACCUUUGUAGCAACACCCAUCCUUGACCAGUCAGGUAUUCUGAGUUUACAUGCUGAUGAAUGAUGGAAGGGAGGGAGGAAGGAAAGGAAGAAAAACACGUGUCUUCAGCUGCCAGCAUUUAUUUUAAAAUCCUUAUCACUGCAUUUAAAUGGUGUAAAAAACAUGAAUUCCAUGUACAAGCAGUUAGGAAGGCACCAACAAAGACCUUCCUCUGUGCUAAACAGAGGAAUUGAAAGAAAAAUCACAAUUGAGUACAUAUCAUAUCAGUUGAGGAAUCAGUUAUGUUGAUAGUGUCAAACUGGAUCAAAUAAACUGGCAAUAUGUAAAGUAAUUGGUCAAGUUAACUUCCUUAUUUUUGUCAGUAUGAUAUAGAGAUAUUAAAAGAAUGUUGGUUUGCUGUGAAGCGUAGAUGUCCAUUUGUACUGUAGUUUACUGAGCAUUUCAAAUUGCUGCUACAUACUGUGUUCUUUAAAAUGUAAGCGAUAUUCUUAUUAGGCACUACAAUGAGGUUCUCUUAUCAACUCUGUUUACAAUUCAAUCAGAUCGCAGUUUUAACUGGAUUAUAUGCAAAUAUCUACACAUUCACCUGCACAAGUAGCAGACACUGGGAAGUCAUGUAGUAAUAUGAUAAAAUGCUUGACAUUUAGAGGUAGGAUUAGACAAAGUGGCUAUUAUUGAUGUCAUUAUUUAUUCAGGAUGUAUUACAUUGAUGUGCUCAUUAAAUUUCCCUGGAUGGAUAUUGCAUCAGGGUACAGUGUUCUGUGAAGUGACUUAUUUUUAUGUUACCAGAUCAGAUUCCUGCAGUGCUUAUUUUCAACCUUGACAGGUUUUCUUUCUUCUUAAUUUAUUAAGAAUUCAUCUCAGUCAAUAUCUAGAAAGGAUUGUCAGAAUAUUCAUGAUUCAGGUUUUGAAACUUUGAUUAUUCUAUAAAUUAUGCAAAAGGAGAUAUGUAAUAAAUAUUUAUGAUUCAGUUUUUUUAAGCUUUGUAACUUCUCUAAAUGUUCUCAGAUACCACUGGAUACAUUAAAAAACAUCAAAUUAGAAAUGCUUUAGGAAGACAUAUAAGGAGAUUGUUGAAUUUUGCAGAGGUUCGAUAAGACCCAGAUUCUUGGUUCAAUAAGACCCAGAUUCUCUAAGUUUUCAUUUAGAAAUUCUAAUUAAGCAUAUUCUCCAUUUUUCCUAGAAACCUUAUACAGUAAAUCCUGCAGGUUGUGUAAAAAGCAAAUUCUUAGCUUUUAUUAGAAACGCUGGUUCUGAAUUACAAUCAUAGAUUUAUAUAAUUUAACUGGUAGAUUGUCUAUAAAAAUGAUAUAUCUUAUUUAAAUAUGUGCAAUAUUAUUUAUGGAAGUCAGUUUCAAGUCAGUGAUAAAGAUCGUUAUUAAAAGAUAAAUACUGUUUGUUAGCUUAUUUGGGCCUUCAUUUCCUUGUUUAUAUAAUAAGAGGGUUGGACAGCUGAUUCUAAAGGUCCAUUCCAGGUCUAAAAUUCUGUCCUCUCAGCACUUGGAUCCUAGAGGAAAGAACUGCAGUUAUGCAGUUAGUACAUCGUCUGCUGGAAAGACCAGUGUGUGGUGCCUGUCAGUCCCUUAGGAUUAAUAAAUGUAAAACCACAAGUUUGUAUGGCCAUAACCUUUCUUAAAUGUACAUGAUUUAUGUAUAGUCAACCCUCUGCAUCCAUGGAUUGUGCCUCUGUGGAUUCAACCAACUAUGGAUCAAAAAUAUUUGGGAAAAAAAAUUGCAUCUGUACUAAACAGGUACAGGCUUUUUUUUUCUUGUUAUUAUUCCCUGAACAAUACAACAACUGUUUACAUAGCAUUGACAUUGUAUUUGGUAUUAUACGGAAUUUAAAGAUGACUUAAAGUACAUAGGAGGAUGUGCAUAGGUUAUAUGCAAAUACUAUGCCAUUUUAUAUAAGGGACUUGAGCAUCUGUGGAUUUUGGUAUCUGUAGGAGGUCCUAGAACCAAUACCCCAUAAUUACCAAGAAGUGACUGUACAUGCUUUUAGAAAGUCCUACUAUAUUUGUUUUAUUUGAAAGUUAAUUAAUUUAAAUAAUUUUUUUAUUAUACACUGCUUUAUUCGGUUUGAAUACAUUUAUUUGCAAUGUCAACCAAAAACACUACUAAUUCAAUCAGAUCAUCUCAGUUUUCUCUGGUUGUCAAUGUGGUUUUCAGUGAACAGUUAACUCUUUCUUAUAACUCUUUGGUUAGUACUGCAUGUGUCAGUCUAAUAGCAUAGAUGGGACAGGGGCGGGGAAGUUGCUGAGAAAAUGCAACCAGGGUGUAGGCUGUCCACCUCAGCCCUGGAAAUCCUCCUAGACCGCCCCCCUGGCUUAGUGCUGUGUAGCAUGACCCAUGCACACCCUGAAUCUUCUCAGGUCUUCAAGAUCAUGUGUAGCUCCCUCUGCCACAACAGCCCUUUUUCUUAUUCUGGGAAGCUCAGUGUCCUGAAGGCUGUCUGGUCUGGACCUCUUUCUGUUUUCUCUACCCUGUCUUUCCGCUGUGAAGUGUGGAAGCUGCUGUCCACACCUGGGCUAGAGCUCCCUCCACUGCCCUGUGCAGUUUCUCCUGUUCCAGUGAUGGUGACACAAAGGUUCUGCUAUUCUGGGACUCCAACUCCCUCCAAGGCCUACCCAGAACCCCAGAAUUAACUUCUGUUGGGGCCCUGAAUUAACUUCUUCUGGUGGCCUGAAGUUUUUUAAUCGUAACAAGAAUAUCUACAACCAGGGAACCCCAAGACCCAGUAAAUGACUUUCUGUACUACUUUCUUGAUGCAACAAGAUUCUGCUGACUAUGGGUGUCCUUUGGCCAGUCUGAGGACUGCUCACCCUUACCCCAUCAUCCAUACUUUCUCACCCAGCUUCAGACAUAGCCCCGCCACCCUUCCCCCUUCCCAUUUAUCCAUCCACUCUUCCCCUUCUCUCAGCCCAUCGCCUGCUGUUUGACUAUGUAUUGAAGCAGGUGGAUGGGGUCAAUACUCAGUUGCCUCCACUGGCCUUCCUGGUGGCUUACCUUCAGGCCACUGUUUGUACAAGUUCUUGUUCUCAUUCUCUGCAAUACGUUCUUUAACAUUAUCACUAAUUGGCUUUUUCAUAAUUCCUCUAUGUCACACAAUAAGAAUUCAAAGGAAGAGAUCUAGAAAGCCACAACAGUUCUUUGUCUUAAUAGUCCCCUCCCCGUAACCUCAGUACAGACGUACCUCACACCCUUGCAUGCAAAGCUGAAAAAUUAGAAGCAGUUUCCCUUCUUGCAGUUUUUCUUAAGUUAAGGCUUUGAUCUGCCUGAGAGUAACUCUGAAAGGGGGGAAGGUGAAUAUGGGAUAAAAUCCAAAAAAUGUAGCUUCAUGAUUCCUAUGGAAGUUCUGAAAAUUUCCCAUGUACCUGACAUUUCUUUCAUUAGGUACAAAAGCAAAAAAAUAUAUUCCAAAGCCAACUGAUAGGAGAUUUGGGGAUUUGUGUCAGUUUGAAUUAUUUGCUUCGUUAUUCCUUCAUUUUAAUGGAUAAUUGAGAGUUGGCUCUUUCUAGGUGAGUAAUUAUGUGUAAUAUAGACCAGAUCUUUUAACAACAUAAUGGGAGAGCUAUGAAAGUAUUUUAUGAGAAUUUCAGUGUAGUGAUUGUUGUGAGAAAUUACUUUCCUGGUAAUCCUAGGAAAAUUGGAAUCUGUGACCAUUCUGAGAAGUCCUCACACAAUGUCACAAUCUCUCUCUCUCUCUCUCUCUCACUCACACACACACACACAGAGUGACCCGUUCAUAGUGUUCCUCAGGAGGCAUAAUCAAGGAUCCUCUGAGUAAUGUCAACUGCUUAGGAUAAAACAGAAAACAAGAAUUAGUGCAUGAUGCUUAUGUGGUCCUGUUGAAAGUAGUGCAUAAACAGUACCUGUGCCUGGCUCUGCUUCCUCCAGUGCUCUUCCUCCGUGGUACCUCAUUUCAUCCUCACAGCAGCAUGGACGAUAGAUAGGGUAGCUUCUACAAUCAUUUGCUGAUGAUAAGUUGGGUUAGAGAUGAAGUCGGACAGGCCUCCAGCGGUUCUGCUGUCCCACACAGCAGUGAAAGUGUGGGCAUAUGCAAGGGAGGAAACUAAAGAGUCGUGAGGUUGCAUUUUGUUCCUCCUGUUACCCAUGGGGUGCCUGGGCCAGUAAGUGCUGCUCUUUUUCUUUAUCAGAGUUGGCACCUGGCAUUUGGGAACUGAGUAAGUGCUGAGUACCAAGUCAUCUGUUCUGACAAGACAGAGUGCCCAGUGCCUAGUGGGGUUUUUUUGUCAUAGUUACCUGCUCUAACGAGGCUCAUCUUUUAUCGUGAAUCAGUGCUCACUGGGAAGGUACAAUGCUCUGUGUUUAGGCAUUAGUUAGUAGCAGACUGUCUCAGCCAAAAAGACAGGAAGCAAUGAAAGGCUCUCUAAAGUUAAGAGGAAGGUCACUGUCUACACACCCCUCAAGAGUCCCUUUUAGAGCCAUCAGGUGAGCUGCCCAGCCUAUUGAGCACCUGCAGCCUCAGGCCACCUUCCCCAAUUUAGGUUCUUGGCACAGAGAAGCCCAGGCCACUGGGUAGCUUCUGAGGCUGUCCACUGGGAAGGCUGUAUACAAGGCGAUGUGUGUUUGGACACUACAGUGUGUGCAUGCUGCAGAAGUUGACUUUGGAGCUAGGAGAUGUGCUGUGUGCAUGCACGUUAAGAGAGGCUCUCUGUAUUGUGUGGCCUCUGUUCACGGAUAAGUGCUUUGUAAUUUGUUCUCAGGCUCUGCUGUAAGGGCCGCCUUAACCCUUGCUCCCUUCCCUUCUAGAGCUGCCUUAAGUUCUCUAGAACUUUUCCUCUGUAAGGGAUAUCUUGCCCUGUUUCUCAAGGCUUUGUGAGGGUUUUGAUUGGGUGUGUCAUCCAACCACUAAUUCCUUUCUCGCCUUCCUGCAUGACCCUUUCUCCUUCCUUCCUUUUCUGUUAUUUCCAAACAGGGAUUAGAACUAUUGAGCACCAACAAUCUCAGAGCCAAUGAAAUGUCGGCUUAGAGAAUGUUCCUGAGUUAGUGGGACUCUGUCACAAGUAAACAAAUGAACAUAUGGAAGAAACACAAAGAUAAAUUAGAUUCUUGGUAAUGCUUGUAUGUCUUGUUUUCUGCUAACCCUUCUUAAUGAAUGUAAAGGAUAUAGCUCUAAAACUUUUCAUGGACAUUCUUUAAAAAAAUAUUUUAAGAACACUGCUAUGAAAGGUUGAGUAAAAACAGGAAAGAGUGCUAUAAAUUCUAAUCCAUUGUCUUACCCUAAAUUAAACAAAUCAAUCUGGAAUUACAGUGUAUUUCUCAAUAGAUUAGGAACUGAAAAGUAACAUGUAAAAUAUAUCCCAAAAUGCCUUUUAUACAUUUUUUAUUUUAUAAUUUGGUCUACCUAAAAUGUUCAUCUGCUUAACGUAAUGGGUGUUGUUAGAUUCAUAAAAUGUCAGAAAAUAAGAUUUUCUUAAGGUUAUAAUAUUGCUUGAAGUAUUUUUAAAAAGACUUUUUAGUUGAACUGGCAUAUAUAAUUCAGUGCUUGGUAGGUCAGUACAUUUUCGUCCAUUUUUCAGAGUCAGUAGUGUCAAAUAUCUUAUUGUUGCCAUGUGUUAUAAAAUCUUAGCCUACAUUUCAGGCUCUCUAAAUCACUUGAGCCAUUAUUUUUUUUUCCAACAAAUGGUGAAUUUUUCCUUUUAAUGUGUAUAUAUAUGUUGUAAUUCAUGAUUCCUAGUUAUGUAUUUUUGUGGGAUCCUGGAGUAGCAUUGACUUUUUUGUGUCCUUGGAAAACUUAAAUUUCUCCAACAGUGUUGCAGAAAAAUGAGCUCAUGACAUUUAACAUAUUAUAUUUUAAUAUUUAUUAAUUUACUAGGAAAUGGACAUAACUUUUAACUAUAAUGAAAUUGAACAUUGUAGUUUUUCAAAUAUUUCUCCUUGUUGGAUCUAGAGAAGGAAUUCUGCUUUGAUCUUCAUAGAAAAACGUGAUAUGGUUAACCUUUGAAAAGUUCUUAGGUGACAUAUUCUUCCGUUGAAAAGAAGCGGUACGGAGAAGUGACAUGCAUUACCAACUAACUCCAGUUUUAAAGUGAACCCAUUCCAGCCUAUUUCACAUGAAAUUUUUUAAAAUAAGUUAAUAAUUCACCUCAUGUCAACAAAAGCCUUCGAAACAUGGGUUUUCACUAGAUACCACCUAGUGCUAAGAUGAAAACCAAAACAAUAUCAGAAUGACAUUUAUGCUUUAAAUUUGUAGUUGUCUCAUGUUGUGCUUAGUAAGUGUGUCAUUAAUGCUGUAUUCUCCUAGCUAUUAUAGAAAAUUGUUCAAAUAAAAAUGAGUAUAAAGCA